AUGUUUUCGAUUGUGCUUUCUGAUGAUCAACGAGAAGUGGAGCAGAACAAAGUAAAGCACCUGUUUGUAGGCUUAAUAAUAGCGAUGUUCGACUGCGCCACCACAUUGCCGAAUGUGGACGGUGCACGUGCAGACGUGAAUGGCUCAUUAGUGGCCGUUGGCACCUCACAACCAUCUAUUUUUCUUUGUGCAGCACACGCAUUCCUCAUGCAGCAUAAUAAGUUGAAUGGUGUAAAUCGAGCAUUCGUACUGUCAUCAAUCAACCAAGUUUUGGAAAAUAGAUCAGUACUGGAUCUAGUUGAUGAACAACAAGCUCUCUUGAUUAUUAAUCUUGCGACGCAAGAAAUGACACUGUCGAAAGAGAAUGAAGAGGAAUGGCCUCAGUCAGCAUGCGAUUUGUUGGUGACACUAGCGAAGAAACAUGCUUUGGUUGGUCACGUCAUGGAUGCACUUUUACAGAAAUUUCCACCCGCAUUGACCACUCCACCGCAUCGAUUUGUUGUGCUUGCACUAGCGUCCGUCGCUGAACAUAAUGCUGUUGGCUUUGUACCAUUUCUAACCGACGUUCUAUCACGUACCAUUCCAUUGCUGCAAUACGUUCGCGGUGAUAGUCAACGUCAUGCGUGGUCGCAUGCUUUACGCUCUUUCUGCGAAUCUGUUCGUGAAUAUACAACUGCGGCUGCUUCAAUUGAAUCGUCAAAUCAACACUUCACGGAAACUAAGCAAUAUAUAAAUGGUCAUGAGACAACGAUCGGCGGCGAAUCUUGUGCCGAUAACAACAGCACUACCGAUGAUACAGUUACAAAACUCUUAUCGACGCCAACAAAAUCAGCAAUGGGUGAUUCCAAAAUUGAUCCGCAGAUUGUUCAACAAAAUUACGCGGAUCAAAUGGAGUUGGCUUAUGAUGUUCGUGCUGAAGCAGCCAAUUGUAUUGGUGAACUGUGUUUGAUGAUCUCGUUGAAACGUGUCAAUGACGAUUUGAGAAAAAUUGUGCCAGCGUUGUUGGGCUUAUACAGAAGAGCCACAACUGAUCAACAUUUAAUCACUCAGGGUAUUUGUCGAUUUUUGGAAGCCACUUGUGAGGACGAAACAUCACCAUUAGAAUCGUAUCUGGAGGAUAUUCUGAAUGCACUUUUUCCGCACGUGUGUCUGUUCACUGAUUCGAAUCUUUCAUCGAAUAUUGCUAUCCGAAAUCAGAGUGAAGCAUUUCGUUGCUUUCAUGUGGCUGCUGUUCGAUUUGCCGACAAGAUCGUUUACUAUCUUUUACAUAAAAUGCAGAAUGUUCAAGAUUCGUGCAAACUCGGCGCUAUCAAUGUUAUGAGACAUUUACUGAAUUCGGCUGGUUGGUCACUUCUUAAAUUUAUCAUCAAUAAUAGUUUUCUGUUAUCAUUAAACUUUGCGAAUAGUUUCAUCGCGAAAAAGACAUCAGCCUAUAGCAUGGAUUCAGCUGACACUCCAACACCAGCGCAGUUAAGAACACAGUGUGGUCAAGCUCUGCAGACCAUCGCGAACACGUGUGAAUCUGCGCAUAAGGUUUUGAUUUAUAUUUGCAAAUGUAUUCGAAUACUGGCCGAGCGAACAAUAAAAGAAGGAAAGAGUAUGGACUUCGAAACGGGUUUCGAUAACGUACGGGUGGCUGGUAGCUAUCAGGUAUUUGCGAGACUGCUGGCAUUUAUGAGUGGUGCACCGAUGAGUGUGGCAUUGACGAAGCGUGCACGAGAAGCGUUCAGAUUAAUGAGAGCGCUAUCGUCAUGGUUUCAUCCAUCUGUGGAAUCGGUUCUGAAUGAAAAAUAUGAUCAUAUCGACUCCAUUAUAGAUGAAUUAUCACCACCCGGUUCGUGUACGGGCUCAGGUGUGAUGCGGGAAGAGAACCAAGUGAUAGAGUUGCGCUCAUCAAGAGUGGCCAAAUGGCAUGCUCAUGUGCUGGAUUUGUUGGACGAAUGCGUUAAGAACGUCAACGAUGGCGAGUGGCGGUGCGCACUGGCCGCCGCUAUGGCCAAACAACUUAGUUUAUACACGAAUCUAUCGGAUGAAAAGGCAUUUCUGAUGCGUUGUCUGGGUGGAGUGUUAUCGUUGAUCACGAACACAAGCUUCGUUGUUGAUCAUCUGUCGUUGAUGUUUCGUGGUGCGUUGCAUUCACAACAAACCGAGCGCAUUGGGUGCGCUCAAGCGGUUGGCUAUUGUGCGGCACAACAUACGGAUUUAGUGCUGACUGAACUCGAGAAUAUCGCUAAGUGGGAAUUUCUGAAGAAAACUCCUGGUCUUUUUGGGUUUAUUAAGGAUGCGAUGCCGUAUAAGCACUACACGGAUAUCGAAAUGGUUAAUCUUCGAGCAACGAUUAUGCUCACUUAUGGUUAUGUGAUAUUCUACUGCCCAACUGAUGUGGUUAUCCAACGUCUUGAACAAACAGUCUUAGUGUUUUUGCGACGUUACAUGGAGAAUCCUCGGCAAGAAACGGUCGUUCGAGAAGCACUGUUGGAGACAAUUUAUCUGAUAUCGACAACGGUCAAUCCAACACAUUUGAAUAGUGAAUAUCGACUCGAAGCAAGGAAUGAAUUACUUGGCUACAUUAAGGAUUACAUUCAAUCAGAAUCGCCGGAAAUGUUGUCGAGUUCAAUUCGGUUACUUGGAUGCAAAGCUGUUGCAGCGCUUGUUAAGCUUGAACCACCAUUAUGUGAUUCGGACGUUUGGGAAAUUGGACAGGUGCUAACCAAAUUCAUAUUAUCGUUGUGUCGAGAACGUAGUGGACUGAAAACGGUAAUUGAAUCAAGACUGCCACAGUCACAAAUGCAUACCUAUCUGUCUGGUUUAUUCGAAAUGUUAAACGAUCGUCAAAGUCAAGUGAGCUCCUCUGCAGCGCAAUUGCUGACUAGUGCUCUGACUUUUCGUGGCGAUACUCUUUGUGCCGAGGCCGAAACUCUUGUGACAACAAUUCUAAGCAAAUUGCCCGAUGUACAUGCUUGUGUGCAAACAUAUACGGAUCUAUUGGCCGCGUUGAUUGCGUUCGGAACGCAUCAGUUGUACUCUUGCAUCGACGUUUUAUUGCUUCAGCCGUUGCCGUCAACGACAGACGCGUGGCAUACGUUGGCGCAUGAGGGAGCAUUGUUCGCGCAAAUGAUUGACUACAUACUAGAGUUGAUGAUGAACGGAUGUGGUGCGACCAACGAUUCAGAAACUCCAUUCGAGGUGUUGGAUACUGGCGCGGGAUCUUCGGUGAAAAUUGUAAAACCUGAAGUGUGCACGUUAGCGGCGGCGUUGAACGAAUUGAUCAAGGCUGGUGAACCCGAAGAUGAACUGCUCAAGAGGAUUCCACAAGUUCUGACGGCUUUGCUGCAGUUCUUGGCCGCUGUAGUCGAUACUCAAUAUCCGGUUCUGCAAAAAGAGAGCAAAGAUGGUAUAUUUUUCUUACCG